CGGGCGGCAGGGAGCCCCGAGGUGGUGUCAUGCGGUCCCUGCUGGUGGCCAAGCUGGGCUGCCUGUUCGGGCUGCUGCUCCUGCCGCUGCUCUGCGGGCUGCUCCCCGUGCGGCUGCGGGGCGCGGGGACCCGCGGGCGGUGGCGCAGCUUCGUCGGCUGUGUGGCCGGAGGCAUCUUCCUGGCCGCCUGCCUGCUGGACAUCGUCCCUGACUCCCUGUCUGACAUGCGGGAGGAGCUGCGGAGCCAGCGGAUCACGGUGGACUUUCCCUUUCCUGAAUUCGUCCUGACUCUUGGCUUCCUGCUGGUUCUCGUAAUUGAGCACGUGGUCCUGGACUGCAGUGAACGGCGGGCAGGGGAGGCCACCCCCCUCCUCUCCUGUGGGGAGGCCACCCCUCAGCCAGCAGGCAUUGGUGAGUGGGUAGUAGAGACGGGUGUGCCUCACUUGCCUGCAGACUUCCGGGCCCACUCGUCCUUCCGCUCCUUUGUCCUCUUCCUGUCUCUGUCGGUGCACUCCCUGUUUGAAGGCCUGGCUGUGGGGCUGCAGGACACGGAGUCCAAGGUGCUGCAGAUCUGCAUUGCCAUCCUGGUGCACAAGAGUGUGAUUGCUGUCAGCCUCUCCCUCCUGCUGCUCCAGAGCCAGGUCCCCACCCGCUGGUUUGUGGUUUUGAUUGGCACCUUCGCCCUCAUGUCUCCCCUGGGCAUCGCAGUGGGAAUUGUGAUGAUGCAGAACCCGGGCCCCAGCAGCACCAUGGCCCAGUGCCUGCUGGAAGGGAUCGCUGCAGGGACCUUCAUCUAUAUCACCUUCCUCGAGAUCCUGCCUCACGAACUGAGCUCCCCGAUGUGUCGCCUGCCGAAAGUGCUCUCCAUGCUGCUGGGCUUCUCAGUCAUGGCUGCCUUGCGCUUCCUGGGCUGAUGCCAUUGGCCCUGCUUGAGCAGCUGCUGGCUGCACUCACAUGUACUGAGGCAGACAUUGGCCUGGGAAACCGUCAGCUGCAGGUUCAGCCCCUGCUACCAGAGUGUCUCCUAGAGAUGGAUUGGGAUGAGUUUUGGGGGUGGGUUCAGGGCAGCCUGGUUUUUGCUCUGGAGACACAGUAAGGCCUGGAUUAAUAGCCUAGCAGUAUGCUGUUCAUGAG